GUUACGCUGCCGGGAUAGUGCCGCGGAGAAACCCUAGAAAAUCUCCCCCAAAUCCUCUCCGUAAAGGCUCGAGCUUUUCGAUCGAUUUUUGGAUCUUUCUCGAUCGCUCCUCUUCCAUGUCGACGCCGCCUCCGUCCUCCUCCUCCGCCGCCGCCUCCGCCUCCUCCUCCUCCUCCUCCCAGUUCACCUACCAGACCGGAUCCUCCUACUUCCCCCUCCCCUUCCACCUCCAGCAGCCCUCGGCGCCGCCGUCCUACGCCCCCGCCGCCGCAGCCGCAGCCGCCCCGCCUCCCCCGCCGCCCCCCGCCGCCGCCGGCGCGACGGCCUACGCCGGCCCUGUCUACCCCGCUCCCCCGCCCCCCGCGCCGAUCGCCGGCGUCUAUACCCUCCCUCAGUUUCAGCAGGCGCAGCAAUUGUUCCAAAAGGAUGCGCAGAUUAUUACGCCCGAAGCACUUGAGAGUGUGAAAGCUGCUCUUGCCAGCAGCGACAUCGAACACAAAGCGGAAGCCAAGAAGAAAGCGAUACCUCGUAAGGCGGCUGGGCAGUCGUGGGAGGAUCCAACACUUUCGGAAUGGCCUGAAAAUGAUUAUCGAUUGUUUUGUGGUGACCUUGGUAAUGAGGUGAAUGAUGAUGUACUUUCAAAAGCCUUUUCGAGAUUUCCUUCCUUUAACAUGGCCAGGGUUGUCAGAGACAAGCGGACAGGUAAAACCAAGGGCUAUGGAUUUGUUAGCUUUGCCAACCCAACUGACCUUGCUGCUGCACUCAAGGAGAUGAAUGGUAAGUACGUGGGGAAUCGCCCAAUUAAGCUCCGAAAAAGCAACUGGAGGGAGAGAACUGAUUACGAGGCUUUAGAUCGACAUAAGAAUCAUAGUCAGAAGAAGCCAAAGCUUUCAAAGAAGGGGAUAUUUCACAAAUAGCUCUGGAACAUGACUUUUACUCAUUUUUAUGACGGUGAUCUUAAGAUUCGAUGUUUUUUCUCGCUGUGUAUUAAAUCUAGUGAUCCAUGGGCACAUUGAAGUCAAAAUCAAAUUAUGUAAUUACCCGAUUUCCAUCA